AUGAACAGCCUCCAUGGGAGCUCACCAGCAUCACAAACCUUCUUGAAGAUGCUCUUCCCUCAAAUCUUAAUAUUGCUGCUCCCAACCUCUUACCUAUGUCAAAAUGCUCUCGCAUCAUCUACUGUCGAUGUGGGGCUGAUUCUUGAUCUGGGCAGUUUAGUCGGAAAGACGAGCCUGACGUGCAUGUCCAUGGCGCUUGAAGAUUUCUACUCAAGUCACAACCGUACCACAAGGAUUCGCCUCCAUGUCAGAGAUUCCAAGGACGACGUCGUUCAGGCAGCCUCUUCUGCUAUAGAUUUGUUGAAGAACGUUCAGGUACAGGCAAUACUAGGCCACUCAAUAUCCGCGCAAGCAGAUUUCGUGAUUGACAUUGGCAAAAAAAGUCGAGUUCCUAUAAUUUCUUCGGCAACGAGCCCUUCUCUCUCGCCGAUCGAGAACCCAUACUUCAUCGGGGCGGCGCAAAGCGGGUCCUCUCAGGUCAAAGCCAUCACUGCUCUGUUCAAGAUCUUUAAUUGGAGAGAAGUGGCUUUGAUUUACGAGGAGGGCGAGUAUAGAAGAGGAAUUGUUCCUUACUUAACCGAUCAAUUGGCACAAAUGUGCACAUGUCACCCUCUCUCGCUUCUCGCUUUUUUUUUGAAAGCAAAAGAAGCAGGGAUGACGAGGAAAGGAUAUGCAUGGAUCAUAACAGACGUGCUCACAAGCUUCUUCGAUUAUUUAGAACCCUCUGUCAAAGACUCCAUGCAAGGGGUGAUAGGAGUGAAGCCUCAUGUCCCAAAUUCGCCUCAGCUUGACAAUUUCACUAGCAGAUGGAGAGCGAGGUUUCGCCAAGAGAACCCAGAAAUAACUAGGUUUGAACUGAAUGUGUUUGGUUUGUGGGCAUAUGACACUGUCACAGCAUUAGCCCUGGCAGUGGAAAGAGCAGGUGUUUCUCAGUCGGAGUUCAAGAAAACCGAACCUGCCAGAAACUCAAAGAUUUGGCAGGAAUUGGAGUUUCAGAAAAUGGUCCAAAGCUGCUUCAAUCAAUCCGGAACAUCAGCUUGA